AUGGCCACAGCCGAAAAUGCCACCACAACCCUCGAAUUCUACCCGACCUACUGCUUCAAGGCCUCCCCGACCCACUUCACCUGGGUAAAGAUGGCCGUCGCGGAUGUGCUGCACCUGAAAAGACGAGCAGAAUAUCCAGAUCAAGCAACCUUCUUCCACCUCAACCACCCCAUCCGCUUCAUCGCCAUCGCAGGCAUCAUAACCUCUCGAACCGAGUAUCCGCGCGUCACGAUCCUGACACUGGACGACAGCAGCGGCGCUACGAUGGAUAUCGUGGUGUUGAAAGCUGAUCCUGCUGCAGUAGCAGCACCAGAAUUACCACAAGCUUCCGCCGAACCCGAACAACAACAACAAUACCACCACAUCUCCCCAACCACUCACCAUCCCAUCAACAUCACACCCCUCGUCCCGGGAACCCUUGCCCUCCUGAAAGGCACCCCCUCGACGUACCGGCAGACGGUGCAGCUGCAGCUGGAGCGAUGCAGUCCCCUGCACACCACGAGCGCCGAGAUGCGGUUCCUGGAUCAGCGGACGCGAACGCGCGUGGAGGUGCUGUCUACGCCGUGGGUACUGGGCGCUGAUGAGGUGGGCCGGUUGCGGCGCGAGGCGGACGCGGAGGAGGAGCGGGUGGAGGCGGAGGUGGCGCGGGGACAGAGGCGGCUGCGGCGGAGGGGAGCGCGGGAGGAGCGGGAGUACCGCGGGAUUAUGGAGCGGUGGGAGGCCGAGGAGAGGGUGCGGGAGAGGGAGGCGGCUGCAGCGCGCGCGGCGGGGGUGGAGUUGACGCGGUUACUUGCGAGUAUUAAGCAGAAGAGGCGGAGGGUCGAUCAUGAUGACAAGGUCGGUGAGAGGGAGAAUUCAAGGAGAAGGGUGUGUGGUGGAGAGCAGUAA